UCAGUUUUUGGUUAAGCUUUCCAAAAGCUUGUAUUUUCUCAAAGCAUUUUAGUUUUUUACAAAUUUUGAGGCAAUGAUUGUUCUGCAACGAUUUGGUCGCGCCAAUCCCUCACUAAGCCAAUGUUCCGGUGGUCAUCAGCAGGGCUGCAACUUAUCGGCGCUGCAACAACGCUCGUCAAGUAGUAAGAAAUUCCUAGUAGUUAUGUUGCGGCACGGCGAGUCCGAGUGGAAUCAGAAGAAUCUAUUUUGCGGCUGGUACGAUGCUCCGCUGACCGAGAAGGGAGCCAAGGAGGCGACUUUGGCAGGCAAGGCCAUCAAGGAUGCCAAAAUUAAUUUCGAUAUAGCGCACACGUCGCUGCUCUCACGAGCGCAAGAUACGCUCAAACACAUACUGAAGGAAAUUGGACAAGAGUGCAUCCCAGUCCACAAGACUUGGCGUCUCAACGAGCGCCACUAUGGCAAUCUGACGGGACUCAACAAGGCGGAGACGGCCAAGAAGUAUGGCGAGAAACAGGUGAAGAUCUGGCGUCGCAGCUACGACACGCCACCGCCGCCCAUUAAGAAGGAUAACAAGUACUAUGAGUGCAUAACCAAGGAUCCCCGAUACUGCGAGGGACCUCCGCCCGAGGAGUUUCCCAAGUCCGAGUCGCUGAAGAUGACAAUUAAGCGUACCUUGCCCUACUGGGACAAUGUAAUUGUGCCCCAGAUAAGAGACGGCAAGAAGCUGAUCAUUACCGCACACGGUAAUAGCCUACGAGGCAUAAUCAAGCACCUGGACAAGAUUUCCGACGAGGCCAUCAUGCAGCUGAAUCUGCCGACGGCUGUGCCCUUCUUCUAUGAGCUAGACGAGUGCAUGGUGCCUCUAGCACCCAUGAAAUUUCUGGGUGAUCCCGAAACCGUUAAGAAGGCAAUGGAGUCUGUGGCCAACCAGGGCAAAGCUAAGUAGAUUUCCCUUAUCGGGGGCUUGGGGAGCCGAGGUUUAGCUAUGUUUGUGGCAGAACGCAGCCAAAUAAAUUGCCAUAAUUACGAAAAGAAGGUCAAAGUAAUAUAUUGCUCAAUGCACUUGCAAGUGCCACAAUCUGUGUUUGUAUCUGAAUCCGAAUCAGAGUCAGAAUCGAAAUCGGAAUCGGAAUUCAGAGAGAGCGAAAAACGCGAAUGUCAAGCAGCA